AUGUCUUCAUCAACUUCUCUGUUGGUUAGUUCCUCGUUGAUAUCGCUAAUGAAUGAACCAACACUUUCACACGAAGAUGAAUCAAUUGACAUUGUUGAUUGUGAUCUUAAAGUAUAUCCUGAGUCCUGGGAACCCCAGUCUCACCCCAGUGGACGGUGUCGAUAUGUCAAAAGAACUCGUUUAUUAUGCCAAACACCGUGGUUUAUCAACGGGAAAACUAUAAGUAAUGAUUCCAUUCAAGAAUCUAUCAGUAUAGACAUGAAGAAAUACACUUUAUCAGAUGCUUCUAAAUUCAUUUGUUCUGGAAGGGAAGAUGUUGAUGUCAGAAUGAUAUUAAAUGGAAGACCUUUUGCUCUAGAACUGAUGAAUCCAAAAGUAACUAAACUUCAGAUAGAUGAUCUUCAAACAUUUUCUGACAAUUUGCUAAAAAAUCAGAAACUUACAAUUUUUGGGAAUUUGAAGAUAGUAAAUAAAAAAAGUUUAAAUAAGUUGAAACUAGGCGAACAAUCAAAAGUCAAAACAUAUCGAGCUUUAUGUUUUUCAAAACAAAACUUUGAUAAAACGACUUUUUUGGAAAAAUUAACGCGACUUGAAAAAAUUACUAUAAAUCAAGUUACUCCUGUUCGAGUUCUUCAUCGAAGAUCUUUAUCGACUCGACCACGAAUGAUUUACGAAAUACGAGCUCGGAUCCCAAGCUCUCAAGAGUUAAAUAAGUAUCAUACACAUUACAAUUUUUUACCCCCAGAAUCUAGAGUCUUCAUUGUAGAUAUUAAAACACAAGCUGGAACAUAUAUAAAGGAAUUCAUAAAUGGAGAUUUCGGAAGAACUUCUCCAUCUCUCUCAGAUCUUCUAAACUGUAAACUGGAAAUACUAGCAUUAGAUGUUACAAAUAUAAAUUUAAAAUGGCCAUAAUAGAAAAUUAUAUAUUUAAUUAGCUUAUACUGUGUCAGAUAUUUUGUACUCAAAUCCCAUUUAUGGGUUGAAACUAACAAAAAAAAGGCCAAAUGUUGAGACUCAAUUUGACCUCAACUAGAUUAGGACAUUUCUAUUCUGUUCAUUCUAAAGUAAUAAAACGCAAGUGUAAAUAGAAUUUCUAUAAAAAUCAAGAUUAUGAUUCAUAUAUGUUACUCUAAAUCUGUGAAUUACGUGUAAUAAAAUUUACUAUAGAGAAUCGUAUAAUUUUAUUUUUUUACGUUCUUUAAAUUCUGUUAUUUUACAAUUUGAAAGUAACGACAUUUACUGGUAAACUAAUAAUAAAAUUAUGCACCAUAAUUAAAACCUUAUGUUGAAUUUGUUUAUAGAUCUUAAGUAAA